AUGGAACCAAAACGUCUCAUUAUCAAUUCUAUUAAGGGAGGAAGUGAAGAGGUCUAUAGAAAUGUAAAGGCAAUAAGAAGUGCGAAAUAUCAACCCUUGGUGCAGAAAUACCUUGAGGUGUUGGAUAAAGCGAAUAUGAAUUACCACAAGGACAGCAUACAGCAAGCCUUUAAUAAACUGAGUUCAGAUUUUGAGCGAGUUUGUUUCAUUCUUAAAGGAUUGGAAGCAUUUAAUGGAGGCAAGCAUGGGAUAGAGAUCCUGGGAUUGCCGCCAAUCAAGGAGGGCUUAAUAAGCGGGAACCUGAAAUCCGAUGUAAUGGCAAAUCAUUUUUUGGAUUCAAGCUCUGAAGUGAUCGUUGGAAUGGAUGACUGGGAACUGGCCUUCAAUUGUCUCAACACAGCCUAUUUCUACGCAGAAUCGGACGAGGUCAAAAAAGACGUUUUGAUAAACCGCUCCAAACUCCACUUUGAAAAAAAUUGCUUUCAGGAAUCAUUACGUGAUGCAAAAAGUGUUCUCCAGUUUGAAGUAUCACCAAAAGAGAAGAUGUCGAUUUAUACCUUCAUAGCCCGCUGUUACGUGAAAGAAGUCUGUCCUGUUGAAGCAGCCGAAUACUUUCGGAAGGCUUUACAGUGUGUGGACAGCAACAUGGACUCUCCAACACAAUCAUCGAUUAGAAGGUUGGAGGAGGAAUAUUCAAACGUCCAACGCGAUUGCAUUGAGCGUCACUUCUCAAAACGAGCACCUUGGAAUUGCUCAUAUCCAUUGGCCCCAAAAACACUAAAUGGAUCAAAAGUUGAAGAUGAUGUACCUUUGAGGAAUAAGAAAAAACGGAAUAAGACGAGGAAAGCUGUCAAUUUAAAUACUCAAGUUAAGUUACUUUCUGUUAAAGAUGAGAUCUUAAAGCUUAGAAAUAGCAACUCCGAGCGAGGAUGGACUCUUGAAGCCUCAAGGGAUAUUUCCGUGGGUGAUUUACUGGUAGUUGAGAAACCCUACGCAUCGGUACAACUUGCACCCCGAACGGAAUUUUGCUAUUACUGCUAUAGAAGGUGCUUGAAUAUUCAGCCUUGCAGUGGAUGUGCUCAGGUCGGAUUUUGCAGUAAGAAAUGUGCUGAAGAUGCCCAGAAUCCAGAACAUUCAAUAGGUGGUGGACCUGGUCAUCAUCUGUUCGAUUGCGGUGGAUUGUUACCAUGUCUCCAAUUGGAUGACCUUUUCAUGAAUUCAGAGGAGUUGUUUGAAACUACUUCCCACUCUCAUUUGGCGUAUACUUGCAUUGCAAAUACUUUGCCGAAAACUCUCCUGGAUUAUUUAUGCUCUACUGGAAGAUACAGGGUAAGAAACUGCUCUGGUCUGGUGUAUUUGGAAUGCCAUUGCCAUUCCUAUAAGAUAAUCACAUUUGAGAGUUAUUAUUGGUGA